AUUCCAAGGUGCUUUUUAAGUGCGUUGUGUUUUGGUUAAAGGAGCGAAAAUUCAUCGAAGUCUUGACAAUGAUGCGGGAAGAUUGGAGUGAUUGCGCUAAUAACGAUAACAGCAUGCGCGAGUUAACGAGCAAAGCGAAAACGUCAGAACGUAUUACAAACAUGUUACUCUUCCUUCAUGCGUUCGUAAUAUUUGCCUUCGGCAUUGGUGUCGUUGUGGCCGAUGUCGAUGUCACCAGUAACACGACAGAGUUAAGCUUUAUCUGCAAGAUGGAAGUUCCCUUCGAAAUAAACACGCAACGCACAUUUAGAUGUAUUGUUGUGACGGAAUUCUUUUGUAUGUUCAUGUGGUCCUUCUCUGGUGGUACAUUAAAUGCUUUGUUAAUAAUUCUAGUAAGUCGAGAAUUCAAGAUUACUUUUCACACAGCUGCCCAAAUCAAUAUUGUAUGUCACUGGUUAACGCAGCUUACAUCCUCCGAAGAUGAGAGUAAAGAUGAAUCACUCGCCAUUGUAACGACUAAAAUUAUUCAAAAGCAUAAAAAGAUUAUACGUUUAUCAGAAAAUAUCGAAAAUCUUUAUACGUCAAUUGCGUUGAUGCAGUUUGUAUCAAAUUCGUUAAUGAUUUGUGUCAUAGCUUUUCUUGUCGUAACCUCGAACAUCGGUAGCCCCAAUACAACGGUUCGAUUAGUAAGAACUUUUUUAUUUUGCGUUCAAACAAAUCUCGAAGCGUAUAUAUUCUGCUAUGUUGGAGAAUAUCUGAAAAACAAGAGCAACGAAAUUGGCCUUGCUGCAUACAACUGUCCAUGGUACAACAUGAAAUCUAAAGAUAGUCAUGUCCUGUUAUUUGUCAUAUUAAGAUCACAAAAGCACCUGACGCUUACAGCCGGAAAGAUGAUGGAGCUAUCCUUAAAAUCUUUUACAAGUAUUAUGAAUGCUUCAGGAUCAUAUCUGUCGAUACUAUUGGCGAUGCAGUAAACACUAGAUUGUCGACGUUUUAGCAACAGUCUAAAAGUGUUAUGACUUAUCUACACAUUAGUAGUUCUAGAAAUUCACGUUGACAGAGUAUGUUUCUCCAAAUAUAAUACAGGACAAUAAUCUAAUUCGUCCUUUCGCAAAUUACAAUACAUCAUAAUAUUGUCACAUAUCGCAGUCUCAUUAAAAUUCGUGGAUUUUUUGUACAAUUUAGAAUAAAAUAUUAAGAUGUUUUAUGAUCUUCUAAAAAAGAAUCUCUUUUUUUGCAUGUUGAAUAUACAGUAGCGAAUGUAUGCCAUUA